AUGGUGCUUUGCUCGACGCUGCGGGUAAGGAAAGAGGGCGCAGACGGCGAGAAGCUACAUGUGCGUGCACGGUACUACUCCGACCUCAUCGUCAGCAUCAUCAUGUUGCUGGUCGGCAUUGGCAUCGGCAUCACCGCCUGGCUCGGAAGCUCGCAGCUCAACUGGGACUUUAUGCUCUGCGGUUUUCUGUUCCUCCUCGCCCUGAUCAACGUGCUCAGCGGCCUCCGGGGACUGAUCUACGACGUCCGGUUCGAGGAUCUAAUCGUCGACAAGGCCAACGGCACGAUGACCCGCGCUACGUUCGGUAUGUUUGGUCAGGCGCGGCAAGAGUCGGACGUGCCGCUCUCUGAAAUCACGCAGUGCGCAGCGGAGUUUGUCCCACGGAGACUGAAGCAGGACGCCUGGGCGAGGCGAUCGGCGGCCAAGGGCGGGCACGUCGAGGUGCGCGCCGUGGUCAAGCUUGGCCAGUCGGAGCCGCAGCCACUGCUCGCAGGGCCCGACACCGUGAACGCAGAGUGCUCCGCCUCCUACUGCGGCUGCAUCGGCCCGCUCUCCAGAAGUCUGUGCACGGACUUUGCGACGGGCGAGGCCGAACUGGCUGGGGCGCUCAACGAGUUUCUCGAGCUGACGCGCGACCGCGCGACUCGCCCGCCCAAUGAAGUCGUCCGUGGCAUGGUGGAGACGGCGAUGGAGGCGCCGUCGACCAGCCUAAAGGGCGACCGCGGUGAAGGGCUGGGGCCGCCGUGUUCCGUGCUCUGGACGCCCAUUCAGCCGCUCACGUGCUGCGUCCCCUUUGUGGGCCACAUGGGCAUCACCGACUCGGCCGGCAGGCACGCAUCACCCGACGCCCUCUGCCGUCUCUCGAAUCACAUGCUGUUUGGAGCUCCGGCCCGAUACAUCAGCUACUCGCCGCAGAGCCUCGAGAAAUGGGACGAGGCGGUCGCGCAGGCGGACGAGGAGUACCGCCACAAGAUCCACUGCAUGGUCUGCGGCUCGGACUGCCACUCGCAUACAGCGCGUGCGCUCGACCUUUCGAACGCGGGCGGCUGCGCCUGCCACAACAAAGUGGAGCUCGCCGCGCACGUCUUCUUCUGUGGGCGACACGUUGGCAUGGGCGGCUUCCUCAAGACGUGGCUCGGCUUCGCGCUGCUCGCUGGGAUUUGGUACCUCACCCACUUGUGA